CUUGUGAAGGGAGAGAAACUGUACGAGUCUGUGGAUCCGCGUUUAUUAGAACAAACAUUUUCUUUUCUUUAUUGAUUUGCUCAUGAAGUUAUCAGGGGAUGACGGUUAUAGUGUUGGUGAUUCUUUAACGAGACUGUUUGCGCCCUGGACACAGAGCAGAUAAUGGCUCCAGAGGGGAGCAGUGAAUCAGUCUCCAGUUUAUUAUUUGACACUCAUAUCUCUGGGGUGUUGUCUGAAUAAAGGGAAGUAGCCUUGAUCGUCGCGCAGUGACAGACGAGCAGCAUGAACGGCAGCAGAUCGGAUGAUGCUGGAUCUGGAUCAGAAGCAGCUGUCGGCAGCAGUCCCGACGCCCUCGGGGGGACACAGGGCACCGUUGUGGCUCGCCUGUCCCGGUAUGGCCUGCAGGUCCUGCCCGGGUCCGUCCAGCGGAGGUCGCGGCUGCAGAGGCAGCAACAAGCCGCAGCUGUCGGCGGCGCCCCGGGGGGUCCGCAGCCGGGAGAGGCUCCGGAGAGGGGCUCGCUCACACCCGCCAUGCGUAAAAAGUACCUGAAGGAGUUGUUCAGUACCAGCGGGUUCAGCAGCGCCCUGUCCUCCCAGACCGAGACCGACAGCCUGUCCCCCGGGCCCCCGGAGGACGCGGACUGGGCUCUGUGUCCCAUGGAGCACGCGUGGAUGCUGUCCGCGGUGGAGGGGAACUACGACACCAUCCUGGAGUUCGUCUCCGAGGAUCCGAGCCUGCUGACCCGGAGGGACGUGGUCAGCGGGUACUCGGUGCUGCACUGGCUGUCCAAGCGGGGACAGGACGAGACUCUGCUCAGACUGCUGCACUACGCGGAGAACCAGGGGAUCCGGGUGGACGUGGACGUGCGGGGCAGCGGAGGACUCACCCCGCUGCACGUCGCCAGCAUGCACUCCCACUACAUGGUGGUCAAGCUGCUGGUGGGGGCGUUCAGUGCCAACGUGGAUAUCAUGGAUUAUAACGGGAGGCGAGCCUGGCAGUACCUGAGGGGAGACGCCCCGCUGGAGAUGAAGGAGCUGCUGGGGACCUGGGACGAGGAGCACAGCUUCGGGGCUGGGAACAUCAACAACAGUGCGAGCUCCGUGCCCCUGACCCCGGGGGGCGAGGAGGGGGACGAGGGACACACUGAAGGAGACUCCUUCGACCGGACUAAGAGAAGCGGCAGCUGGAGAUUUGGCUCCUUUAAGAAAAUGCUGCCCUCGUUUUCGUUUUUUGGAAACAAAAGCUGAAGAUAGGACAACCCUCCAAAGAUCUGCGUCAUUUCACAUCUUAUACACUUAUGGUUUUAGGUCUGAAUCAAAAACAUUGCAGUUGACGGAAAUUCCCUCCACUUAUAAGUUGUGUUACACCAAUCAACUCAGAUGGUUUAUUAAAAAGGGAUAUUUUGUUUCAAAUACCUUCUGAACUUAAAUAGCCUAUAAUAAGGGAUCACCCAGUAUACAUGUAUUUUAAAUAUGGGACUAACUGGUUUACUCCCAGUAUGAAUACUGCUUUUCAUUGAUAUCCUAAUUGUGCAUUUACGUCACUGAACCUCAUUUUAAUAAAAAUGUGUAAUGUUUUUUAAACUACUUAUUGCAGCUGAUCUUGUUCCUUCUCAGCAGUUCUCGUUGCCAACGUGGCCACAUUUUCCUCCAGUUCGAGCACUUUAAGUAAACACUUCAUAGUUUGUCUUGUUACUACACUAAGCCUCUUGAGGAGCGGUACUUUCUGCAGAGCUGUGUCAGCAGUUCCCCUUCCCAUGUGGUUUGCCUCAGAAAAACGCUCACGCCUCCUCAGUAAAGGACAGUUGAGCUGCACUUUGAGGGGAAAAAGGCAGAAAACAGCGACAUUUCAAGUUUGAUCACAGAUCUUUUAUUAUCAAACAUGACGAGAUAACAUGGCUCCCUCCCUGCGGUCAGGCACAGCAGCUGGAGUUCCUGGCAGACGUUGGGGUAGAGGGGGGGCGCUGGGAUCCAGGGACCCUUGUGCUUACAGGCCAAGCUUGGUCCUCCUCCAGUGUCUCCUCUUGGAAUUGUACCUGAAAUUGAACAACGUAAACAAAGUGUCAGGAGAGCAUUCAACAGGAAAAACCACCAAAGGAACAAAGGGCUUCAAAUUCAUACACCAAUAUUAUAGCGGUUCAAUACUAUCCAUUUGUUCAUCUCAGCAAAUCAAUUACUGACUAGGCUUUCUUAAUGGAGAGAAAGACCAACACCAACUCUGGUUUUCAAAAAACAUAAGGUACUUUUAUAUUCAUCAAGGGUGGUAACAGUUAAUUCUGACAAACCCCACAUGAAUCACUCCCCUACAUGUAAAGAUUGUGUAGUAAGAACUACACAAACAGCACCAACACAUAUUUUGAAUCAGGAAACAGGCAAAUCAAAUGGCAGCUUCAAGGGUUCAGUUGAAAAUAUGCAAAUGCUAUUGACGCUGCCCUGGUUUCAGAUGAUAGGACCACAACACAGUAUAAUAAAUAUUCAAUGACUGAAGUCAGACUUGUGAUGAUUAUUUAGUGAAUGAAAAGAGUAAAGAGCCUAAUGUUCAGCUCCAGAGCUUCCUCAGCACACACAGUGAUGAGGAGUGAGCGCUCUGCAGCAGGAAGUUGUUAUCAGCAGGAUUAAUGACAGCACUCUAAAGAAAUCAAGUGCUGUAAUUGCAGACCUGCUUUACACGAUACAAGUUAUUCUUCCCUGCAUUAGACAUUCCUAUCAGCACUUAGAGAUAAUGUAGAUAGCUUAGCGAUGUAAUGCAGCACUGAGGUGAAUUUUAAAACGUUUGCAUUUUCCCCUUCUGGAAAUGCAUGUUCAAACUUUACUGCUGCAACUAUUCAUGAACUAAGUGGUGAGUAGAUAAUGAGUGCAUUUCAUUUGAGUGAACUAUCCCUUUAAGCAAUUUACAGGAAGGAGGUGUUGCAUAGUUGUUUUAUCAGACUGCUUCAGUUUAAAAUACCAGUUUGUUUCACUCAAGUUUACCUAGAAAUCUGAUGAUAGAACAAAUAAAGUGGUGUAUAGCAACUAGCAAGUUUAAAUCAAUACACAACUAAAUGUACAGCUCAUUGGAAGUAGUUGGUUGAUAAAGCUACAUAUUAUGUAAUGUCAUUGGUUUAGAGCCUUUAAGAGCCUGUGUAUCAAUCACAAAUCAAUACAGUGGUUACCUGUCAUGUUUUGAAUAAAUUGCAUUUUUCAGUAA